AUCCUCUCACUGGUUACUCCAUUAUGCCUUAAUUAAAAAAACUUAAAUUCAAUUACACUGUCUCUUGUUUCAGCUCUUUCUUCUCUUUCCCUUCUAUAAGUCCUUCGUUUAUCACCACCAACCUUUGCUACAGCCAUAAUCAGCUAACAAGUAACCAAUGACCAUGGCUAUGGCUAUUGACGGUACUUUCGAGCUUGAUUUUUCCGGCUAUAGCCCCAGCACAACUACAACCACCACUUCCACUGACCAUGCCGGAAACUGGAAUGACUGGUCUCCGGUCGUCGACUGGAAAGCUUUAUCCGGUCCCCAUGACGAUUUCCAAGAUCUUAUUGAGUCUAUGAUGGAAGAUGGUGGAUUGGAUAAUCAGACAUGCAAUUAUAAUUCCUUAUCCACCGAUACUAUGGCGGCGGAUGAUGAAACUAGCGUGGGCGAAGAUUUUAAAGGCUUGCGAUUAGUUCAUUUAUUGAUGGCGGCGGCUGAGGCGCUUACCGGCGUUAAUAAAAGCCGUGAUCUGGCUCGGGUGAUAUUGGUUCGGCUCAAGGAGUUGGUUUCCCCUAACGACGGAACUAAUAUGGAGAGAUUAGCAGCGUAUUUCACAGACGCUUUGCAAAAUUUACUCGAAGGUGCAGCCGGAAGCGGCGGCGGCCAUAGUAAUAAACAUUUUAUAACAAAUGGGCCCUACCACCAUCACCACCGUGACGAUCAAAACGAUGUUCUUGCUGCUUUUCAGCUUCUUCAAGACAUGUCACCAUAUGUUAAAUUUGGCCAUUUUACAGCAAAUCAAGCUAUUCUAGAAGCGGUGACACAAGAUAGGAGAAUCCACAUCGUCGAUUACGAUAUCAUGGAAGGUAUCCAAUGGGCUUCCUUGAUGCAAUCCCUGGUGUCGCGAAAGGAUGGCCCACCUACACCACACCUUAGAAUCACGGCGUUGUCGAGAGGUGGAAGUGGCCGGAAAUCAAUCGGAACUAUUCAGGAGACUGGCCGCCGUCUCGUCGCUUUCGCCGCCUCAAUUGGGCAGCCGUUUUCUUUUCACCAGUGUAGAUUAGACUCCGACGAGACAUUUAGACCGUCGGCUUUGAAGUUGGUCAGAGGAGAAGCAUUGAUCAUGAAUUGCAUGUUACACCUUCCUCAUUUCAUUUACCGGGCACCCGAUUCGGUUGCUUCUUUUUUAACCGGAGCGAAGACUCUAAACCCGAGAUUAGUAACUCUGGUGGAAGAGGAAGUAGGACCAAUUGGCGAUGGUGGAUUCGUGAAUCGGUUUAUGGACUCAUUACACCAUUACUCUGCCGUGUACGACUCAUUAGAAGCGGGUUUUCCGAUGCAAAGUCGGGCGCGGGCAUUGGUAGAAAGAGUGUUCUUGGGGCCCCGAAUAGCGGGGUCAUUAGCGCGGAUCUAUAGGACACGUGGGGAAAAGGACGCGGGUUCAUAUGGGGACUGGUUAGGUGCGGUGGGGUUUAAGGCAGGUAAUAUAAGCUUCGCGAAUCAUUGUCAAGCAAAGCUUUUAUUGGGAUUAUUCAAUGAUGGAUAUAGGGUGGAGGAAUCGGGUUGCAAUAGGCUUGUUUUAGGAUGGAAAUCAAGACGUAUAUUAUCAGCGUCUAUUUGGACUUCUCCUUCAGAAAGUGAUUUGUAAAUUAGCAGCCUUUUCAUUCUAUUAUUAUUAUUAUUAUUAUUAUUAUUUGUGUUUUCAA